CACAGCAUCCCGCAAUACAUCUCAGUCUCUACACAAGUGCACAGCCUACCUGCUGUGAUCUUCCAGCCUCGCAUAUAUGCAUGACUCGAUGUAUAUGUGAUUACACACGUCCCCAAGAUGGCGUCUCCUACACCAACGACGGAGAACCUUACAUCAGAACGAGCCCGCCGCGACGAAGAACGGGAAGUGCAGCUGGACAGGAGACACUACAGACUCAGCGCAUCUCCAUCACAUUCACGGUCGAGCCGGAGAUCUAGAUCACCUUCUCAGUCACGAUCGCGUCGAAACUCACGAUCUCGAUCAGCCUCAAGCCACCGCUCUUACAGAACACCCGAAGAGACAUGGGAUCGCCCCAGUGAGGUACAUUACGCUCCGGCACUCAUCUUGAGGGGACACAAAAGAGGCGUCUCGUGCGUUAAAUUCUCUCCUGACGGCAAGCGGAUCGCCAGCUGUUCAGCUGAUGGGACAAUCAAGAUAUGGGAUGCAGAAACAGGCAGGUUGGAACAUACUUUGGAAGGACACAUGGCCGGCAUUUCAUGCAUAGCAUGGAGCCCAGAUUCCACAAUCCUGGCGUCAGGAUCCGACGAUAAGGUCAUACGCCUUUGGGACGUGAUCAAGGGCAAAGCGGUCCCGACGCCGUUUCUUGGACAUCAUAAUUACAUCUAUUCGCUGCAGUUCUCACCGAAAGGUAACAUGCUGGUUAGCGGCUCCUACGAUGAGGCGGUGUUCCUGUGGGACGUGCGCUCAGGACGCGUGAUGCGGUCCUUACCUGCGCACUCUGAUCCAGUCAGUGGCGUCGACUUUGUGCGGGACGGCACACUAAUUGUGAGCUGUUCCAGCGAUGGGCUCAUUCGGAUAUGGGACACGGCUACGGGACAAUGUUUGCGAACGCUGAUUCACGAGGACAAUGCGCCAGUCGUUGGAGUCCGUUUCUCUCCUAAUGGGAAGUACGUUCUAGCGUGGACUCUGGACAACAGUAUACGCCUAUGGAACUACGUAGACGGCCGAUGUGUCAAAACCUACCAGGGCCACCGUAAUGAGAAGUAUAGUAUUGGUGGCUGCUUCGGCACGUACGGACCAACAGCCGCACCUUUUGCUUUCAUAGCAUCAGGUAGCGAAGACGGCAGCAUAUGGAUGUGGGACGUUGGCACCAAGACAGUGCUUCAACGGAUUGAGGCCGCUCAUGAUGGCACCGUCUUCAGCGUGGAUACGCAUCCCGAGCGGCCGUGGCUCGUGAGCGGGGGGGCUGAUCGUACAGUCCGGGUGUGGCGACGCAACGAUUCGCAACGAGGCGGAGCAUAAGAUAGAUCACAUUCUUUAAUUGCUGGCUGACUCUUUGAAGCGAUCAUUGGAUGAGUGUUACGGGCCAAUGACAUUCUGCAUGGCCAAGAUUUCAAGCUGAGAAGGCCAAAGAUAACAGUCUACAUCACCAUUUUACGGUCAAAAGAUAGAGGCUUUCUCUUAGUGGCAAUCCUUUUCGCUUGUAUGCAAUGCUUUGGCAUGCAGAGUCUCCGGCGGCAGGAAUAGAGGCUGUGAAGGCUACGGAGCCGUCCUCCGUUAUCAGAUCAGACAUCCGAGACGAGCCUCUCGAGAGAGACGACAAAGGUACCGAACCUGCGGAGUUCUAUACCAAAAGUUCUGCUUGCGGCAGAAAGUAACCACGGUCGGGAAUCGUUACCUGUUCUUCAAAUGACAGCCGUCCUCAACGUUUUCCAACUGUCGGGCCAUGCACGCCAUGUCAUCCCGCGCAGAAACUGGUACUUUUGUGAUCAGAAAAACGCGCAUGGAAGGGAAUUCUAGCAGCGACCGCUGCCGCCACAGCUGGCUUGCGGAAAGCUUGCAUCAAAUGAGCCACGCGGGACAGGCCGCGUGAUUAUGUGAGAGCGGUAACAUAUUGACCCAAAAAAUAUCUGAACGUUAUAAGUUUCAACCGUACAACAGGUAUCUAACCCAGUAUGUUGUAACACCAAAUGCGCUUUUGUUUUUUCAUCUGAUGCGUUCGUUCUGCUCUCCAUUCAGCUGUCUGCUCUUCAUUGUGGCAAAUUGCUAGAUAACAUCUUCGCCAGAAGCGGCGCCCUGCCCCUUACUCCAUCUUCCGUUUCCCCGCUAUGUAGGGAAUUCCAGACAUGCCGCCCAGGGCCUAGGGAAAAAGCAAAUUUAUUAGAUAAGUCUGUACGCGCAGUGCGUCGUAUUGGUUAAGGUCUACCACUUUGCAUCCUCUCUCCCUUCAAAAACUGCAAGUAGGACGAAUUACAACAUAUUGC